UUUACGAUAGGUUGCAUACGAAAAUUGAGAAUUUCAGAAAUUGUAAACUCAAAUCAGAGAAUUGAAAUAUUCCGAAACAUAGAAAUAAUACCGAACAUCUGCAUCGGCUCUAUAAGGUUUGAUAAAGAAGGUCUCCUUCUGUUUUCCGAAGGACGAUAUGCAUUACGUUGCUUGCUUAUACGGAAGAAGCGUGCGAGAGUCCUUCUCAUUUCCUGAUUACUCAGCGAAUUAUGUUACAUGAUGGGCUGCCGGCCGUGUAUCCAGUUCAAGGUGAACCGCACUCUCCGUUACCAUAAAUAACGAAAUCGUGCACGAUACAACAGUGGGACUCCGUAACGUAGGCAGGGGUGGGGUCUGUCCAGUCGCUGUCGAAAGAAACGAUCUACGCCACCACGGGGAACAACAGUGCUCCGCUCCGUAAUGCAGUGGUCCCCCGAUCGCGGACGCGGUCGAGACCCUGAGGAUCGAAAGGCUCUCUCGCUGAAAACGCGUCCAGCGAAUUAACGGGUCGGUCGAUCAGUGUCGCGGCGCGGGUCGUCGAUGGUCGUGCGCACCAUGGAAUUGAUUUGGGUGCUCGUCCUGCUCCUCGGACUCGCAGCACGCCCGUCCCAGCUGUCGCACCUCCAAGUGGCUUACCAGUGGAAAUACCUGGAUUGGGUUUGGCCGAAUAUACAUCUGUCAGGAAAAAACUAUACGCUGGGCAAUGCUUUCACGCAAGACGUGGAUAUCGACAGGCAGGGCCGUGUGUUUGUGACGAGUCCGCAAUGGUUGGACGGUGUACCGAUUAGUUUGUCCUUGGUGACCAAGGUGCAGGGCCCCGGUGGUCGCUUGCUCGUGCCAUACCCCAAUUGGACCUGGCACACGCCAUUUAAUUGUGACAGCAUCGUGUCUGUCUACAGAGUGGCGAUCGACGAGUGCAAUCGUUUAUGGGUGGUCGACACUGGAAGAGUGCAGAUGAAAGCAAUUUGCCCGACGAAAAUAUUGAUCUUUGAUCUCGCCACGGAUCAGCUGAUCCAUAAAUACGUGGUGCCGGAUGAUCAACUGCUGUACGGGAAGGCAGCAUUAGUUACGCCGAUCGUCGACGUCGGAAAAACGUGUCUCGAUACUUAUCUCUACGUGGCGGACGUGGAUCAAAAUGGACUAGUGAUUUAUGACUUAUAUCGUGACCAUUCCUGGCGAGUAAACAACACGCGUGGCAACGCAUUCGGCCCGGACGACGAUGCAAUGAAUAUUACGAUCGCUGGCGAGUGGUUUGAUCUCACCGACGGUACGCUCGGUAUGUCACUCUCACCGCUGGGAUAUUUUAAUCACAGAUACCUGUACUUUAACUCGCUCGCCAGUUACCAUGAAAACUUCGCGGACACCUUUUCGUUGAUGCGAAGCGAGUUCACGGAACCGGUGAUAUUUCAAUCAAAUUACAAGCGUGCGAGCCAAGCGGGCGUGCAGGCAACCUCCCAAAGAGGCGUAAUAUUUUUCCAAUUGGUCCAAUUAACUGCCAUCGCCUGUUGGGACAUCGGGAAACCAUUUACUCCGGAGAACGUCGUGAUAAUAGCGCAAGACGAGGAGACUCUGCAGUACGUGAGCGGCAUUAAAGUGAUCACGAAUAGAGCCGGCGAGGAAGAAUUGUGGUUCAAUACCAACAGGCUUCAGAAGACGAUAAACAUGAGCCUCAAAUCGACGGAGAUAAACUUCCGUAUAAUAAGGGGGACAGUCGACGACAUUAUCCGGGGGACGAAUUGCGAGCCGACCGGCGUGAGGAUGCGGGCACCUGACAUCGUCUUCUGGCAUCAAAUAUAAUUCGCCGAGAUUUCACGCUUAUUUCAUUUGACUACCUUCGGAAUGUUCCUGUACAUUUUGCCAUUCAAACGCGUCGUCGCGUCGCGUCGCGCAAAUGAGACGUCGAGCGGUAUCAUUAACGAGAAUGACUUGUCCAAAUAAACUCGCGUCUAACGGCGUGAAGCGCUCUCUCGGCUCUUCUUUCCUCUAUCGGGAUUUCGCGUGCAGAGAUGCAUUCGUAACUAAAAGCGACGGAUCGUUUGCGAUCGCGCGCGACCGGGUAGGACAGAGUGGCAGCGGGUUCUGCGAGUGACAGCCGGAGCGUGUAGCAAUUUAGUUAACCGUUUCAUUGUUGCCUUUCGAGAUGUAACGAUGGAGCCUGUCGGUGACACGGGUGCCGCUGCGAAUUCUGAAUGUUUUGACAGGGUGGCUUGACACCGCGAGUAGAAGCGGGUAGGUAGGUACCUCGAGCUUGUUGUAAAGGGAAUACGGCGCGACGCGACGACGAGUUUCUUGCCGGCGGAUUCGACGAAGUUUUACCGGGCUUUUAGGCGUGCCGAUGCCGCGCAGGCGGGCUCGAGAUAAAUGCGCAUUCACGGAGGAUUGUUCGCAGUACUACCCCCUGGGAUACCAAUAGGGCGCGCGCAUUUCCGGGAAAUUCGUGUCACCUACUUCUCUUUCCACGGCGGGGUUCGGCGUGUGACUAAUGGCGGCAUAUUCAUGGCACAGCCUUGCUCCUCCCGCCUCCGCCACGACGACACCACCCGAUCCUCCCUCUUACGAAGCUCUGGCAGUUAACCUCAGACAACCCCUUCGUCGCGAUAAUAUACGGCCGCCCUUAAAUUUUCGUUUCCCUCCAGUAUACUCGGCUCGGCCUAUUUCACCUUGCGGCACGGGACCAUACUCUUCUUUUCGGAAUGGUUUUCCGAAAGCUUGACUAACCCUGCGAGCAUUAUUGCGAGGGUGAAUCGAUUUUUAUCGUGAUCAUGUUAACACACGUUUACAAGGAAAACGUCGUGAAAGGUUGUUAAAUCGCUGAUAUAAAACAAACGCGAGACGCUCUGCUUCCUCAGGUUCCGCCCAUGUAAAAGAUCUUGAACGUACUCGACUUGUGUUUAUUUUUAUCGCGUAUGAAUACUAAUCGAUUAUGGUUAUGGUGAAAUAACGUCGCGUACGAGACUACGGGCGAGGCGUUCGCACGAUAAAGCACAUUUUCCGCCGUGCUGCCGAGACGCGCGAGAGCACGCUCCCGCGAUCAAAGUCGUUACCUUAAGGGCAGGAUGUGGAAUUACUUAAGGAACGGUAGUGCGUCGCGGUAAAGUCUCACCGCGGGCAUGUCCGCGGCCGUACGGACAAGGAAUCUCUCAAAUCGUUUUACGAGGGUACUUUUAAAACAGCUUCGCUGGAACGGCACGGAAUUUCGAAAUAAAUUUGCAUCAGUUUUACUGCCGCUAAUGUACAUAACUACCGGUGUUUGGCGCUGCUACUCACGCGUGCACGUAUCCGAAUGGUUCAGAACUGGUGCUAGACGACAUACAUAUAUCGUGCAACUGGCCUAUUUUUCGUCGCAAGAAAAGAUGCUGACUAUUUUAUUCUCUUCUUCACGACUUACGUAUGCACUUGAUUAAUUCGAAGAGGAAUUAUAAUAAACUGUCAAGCGCGCGGUUACCUCAUCGGUAGUUGUGGUAAUAAAUAUUAUACUGUAACAUUACGGUACAUGUUUAUGACCGACUACAUGCACUUUAUCGCGAUCGUUAGCUAUCCUGAAUCCUGCACGUUCUUCCGUCCAAUUAAUUUUUAAUAAGGCAAGCCCAAUAGACUGAAAUAAUUAUUUCGUAAAAGGAAAUACGAGUAACUCAAUAUUUCGCCGGGUAUCGUGGACGUCCGAGAGAACGAACCGCGUACGUGCGCGGCGUUCGCGAGCGUAACGGCGAAACCGUAACGAGUGCAUCGCAACGCCGCCGCGCCGGUGUACCGUGCGCAGCGGUUGUUUCGCAAUUCGGCGGUACCGCGGCAUUUCCCGGACCCGUGCCGAUGGCAUGCCGGCCGAGAAUUCCGGGCAUCCACCGCGUCUUUAUUAAGGCCGGCUCGUCUAUAAUUCACAGGAGCGACCUGGGCCGGCUGACAGUCCGCCGGACUCACCGGGCGCAUAAACACACCGGCGUCUCGUGCAGCAGGUUACGCGCGUACCGCCGUGUGUGUAUGCGUGCGUGUGCGUGUCACGCAUUGCGGCUGUCAGCUCUAGUCAACGCGUAAUUUACUAGCUCGCCGUUCCCCAUCCCGUUCGCCCUUUCGGCUCGAUGCAGAUGCAGUCGCCGCUUUUGGACUCGGUCGGUGCAGUAUGCGUCUCAGGCAUAGCGAUUGCAACAGCACUAACAGCAGCAGCAGCAGUAACAGCACUAACAGCAGCAGCAACAGCAAUAGCAACAACGCCGAAUAUCAGCAGGCGUCGUAUUCGUUAGCCGCUACUGCGACUACUAGUUACGACGCGAGCGGAUAACGCCAUUGCGCGCCAGCCGGCUUGACCACUGCGGAAUCCUGACGACCACAGGGCCACCAUAAACCAGCGGAGUACGCGCUACGUCUCCCGGAAACGAGCGGAACUUUCGAGCUGUCGCGCCGAUGAUCGCCGAGAUUAUCUGCCGCGCGCACGAGCGUUCCCCGCGAAAUAUCUCGGGGAACUUUACGCGCGAAUCCCCGUGAGCUCUGGCCUUUCUCUCGAUUCAUUUACAUUCCACAGGCGGGUCUUCGUACUUUACAUGCAAUCGGUUUCGCAUGACCGGCGUCACAUCGAUUAUGCAUUCCUGCACUUUCUUGCCUAUUAAUAAGAUUAUUAGAAUACUAUUCUUACAUCAUGGAUCAUUGCAUUGCGAUUACAUUGAUUGCUUGGCGAAA